GUCUGGCAAAUGGGGUGGGGUUUAGCUGGUGAUGUGGUCGUGCUAACCGAUGAGCAAGAGAUCCGAGAGCAAGAGGAAGAUGGGGGCGAGAUUCAAGCCGUGGAAUCAGAUGCGAGCGGCGCAUUCGAUGACCUGGAAGCGCUCCAGCUAAUUCGCGUCCAGGGCCGCGACAAGCAGGGCAGGAGAAUCGUGCGAGUCGUGGGCAAAUUCCUUCACGCGGCGAUAAUCGACGCGCAGCGAUUGCAGCGCUUCGUGGUGCUCAAGCUUGCGCGUUUUGAGCUCGAGAGCUUCGUCAUCGUCUACUUCCACACCUGCGUGCAGAGCGGCGAGAAUUCCCCCGGUGUGAAAGCGCUGCACCAAAUCCAUGCCGCGCUCCCGGCCGCCGUGAGGCAGAAGCUCGAGAUUGUCUACUUCGUCCACCCGGGCAUUCGAUCGCGUCUCAUCCUCGCCACACUCGGCAGGAUCUUCUUGAGCGACGGGCUCUACUGGAAAUUACACUACGUAAGUAGAGUUGAGUUCCUGAGGGACUACAUAAAAGACGACCAGCUUGAAGUUCCGGAGUUUGUGGAAGAACACGAUGGGGAGCUCGAGAACAAUCCUCUAGUUGACUAUGGUAUCUGUGUCGAUCCCCUCCACGCCGAGUUGAAAGCCCAUGACACCAGAUUUCCAUCCACGUCUGGAGCUUUCUUGUGAUUCUUCAGCAAUGGGAUUAUCCAGAAAUAUGACUAAUCACAUUAUAGCUGCUAAUAUAGUGGCUAGUUGUGAUGACUCUUGAAAA